CAAAGCAAACUUUUGUUACUUUUAAUCCCUGGCCAUUAAAAAGUAUGUUUCAGAAGGCUUAGAGACUGCAACUGGGACACUUGCUUAUAAACUACUCCCUGGAUGAUUUUAUAAUAGCUAUACAGUAUUUAGGUGCAUAUGCAUACGGAGCAGUUCUUAUCGAAGUGAUCAGCUCUACCAGAAACCUCCCAUCCAUCCUUCCGGGAAAGAUUCAUAAACGAGAAAAUCACUGUCAGGUCUGCUUCUCCCCGUCACUGCGUGCAUCCUAUGCUGAUACCCAUCCCGUGCGUGGAGUCCUCGCCUCUCGCCAGCGUUUCUCUUUCUGCACGUCAACUCACCAGAGAGAGGGGGGGGGGUUUCGUCUUUGUAAGCGUUUACAAACCGGAUGCAAACAUCGGCAGGCGUUUAUUUGGCCUUUCUACAGAGUUUUAGUGUUGGUCCCCUGCGAUUCUUGACAUCAUACUGAUGGUCUUCACUUGUGCGCGCUCCACCCCGCCUGCCGGAGCGGAGAAGCGCUGGACCACGGAGACGCACAAGGAGGGGAGAGCAGGCUGAUGUUAGCGGCUGUGGCGAGUCGCACUCUGCCAGUUAAAACUAUAGAAACAGCUAAGACGAACUUAAUGAAAGAAUGCUGGUUACUGUAUUUGGAUAUGGGUGGCUUGGAGAACACAGAUCCACUGCAUGACCACUGCGCUCGCUUACUUUGUAGUCUUGUUUAGUGGUUUAUAACUGCACGUUUAAAGUGCAUUUAUGGUAAUAGAUCAUUUCUGCUCAACUUCGCAGUUUUAUUGGAGUUAGUGCAUGUGUAAUUACUUCUCUGCACACCGCGUAUUGCUUCUCACAUCUGACUCUUAACAAUGAUCGCUGAAGGUCACGUUUCAGCGCGACACACUUGUCCUAAUAUUGUGCAUCUUUUCUUUUGCAACAGUGAUUUGAUUUACAGAUAACUUUUAAAUCUUAACUAAUCAAACCGAGACUGCAAAAUAGCAGGGAUGAUAUGUACUCAUGUGGUUUGAUCGGUAGACUAGUUUUUAGUCCACUUUAUAGGCAAGACAAACCGGACUAUGACUUGGUCAAAACUUUGCUCUGCGCUCCUGCGGAUGAUCCAGUGAAAAGUGUCAGCUCAUAUGUAGUUUGAUCGUGUCAGCCUGAAGAUGUUAGGAAGUCCGUCAAACAACGGCGGCAUCAGAAUGCUGGUGCCCCCGGGUCCGAACGACGACAGGCGGGUAGAGUUUGUGGCUCUCACCGCUGUCCACACGGAGAGAAGCGAGCCGUCCACCCCGGAGCGCGGACACCCGUCUCACCGCACAGGUCUGCUGGGCACCCCGCUGCCCGGCCCGCCCGGACCCCGGGCCAACACGUCCGCUUCAAGCAAACGCUACAGAAAGUUGCAAAACUGCCUGUACAACGUGCUGGAAAGACCAAGAGGAUGCGCGUUCAUCUACCACGCAUUCAUUUUUCUGCUGGUGUUCAGCUGCUUAGUGUUGUCUGUGUUCUCCACCAUCCCCGACCACCAGAAGUUCGCCAACCAAGGCCUCUUCAUCCUGGAGUUUGUGAUGAUCGUGGUGUUUGGGUUGGAGUACUUCAUCAGGAUCUGGGCGGCUGGCUGUUGCUGCAGAUACCGUGGAUGGCAGGGACGGCUGAGAUUUGCCAGGAAGCCCUUCUGUGUCAUAGACUUCAUAGUAUUUGUGGCAUCAUUGGCAGUGAUAGCAGCAGGGACGCAGGGCAACAUCUUUGCCACGUCAGCCCUGCGUAGCAUGCGCUUCCUACAGAUCUUGCGUAUGGUUCGUAUGGACCGACGUGGAGGCACCUGGAAACUCCUGGGCUCAGUGGUUUACGCUCACAGCAAGGAGUUGAUUACGGCCUGGUACAUAGGUUUCUUGGUCUUGAUCUUUGCCUCCUUCCUCGUCUACCUGGCAGAGAAAGAUGUCAAUACAGACUUCAACACCUAUGCAGACUCCCUCUGGUGGGGCACUAUAACUCUAACCACUAUUGGCUAUGGGGAUAAGACCCCUCGUACCUGGCAGGGACGGCUCCUAGCUGCCGGCUUCGCUCUUCUGGGGGUCUCCUUCUUUGCCCUGCCCGCAGGUAUUCUGGGCUCAGGCUUUGCCUUGAAGGUUCAAGAGCAGCACCGGCAGAAGCACUUUGAGAAGAGGAGGAUGCCUGCUGCCAACCUGAUACAGGCUGCAUGGCGUCUCUACUCUACAGAUGCCAAACACUCGUAUCUAACAGCUACAUGGUACUUCUAUGACAGCAUGUUGCCUUCGUUCAGAGAACUGACGCUACUGUUCAGUCACCUCCAGCGACAGCGUAACACCAAGAAGGUUCUCCACAACUCCUACCACACGCUGCUGUCUGGGCUGCGGCCCUACAGUGCCCCCUACCUGUCGGGGGACAGUCAGCUCCUUUCUAAAAAACGGGGUCUCUUCCGGAUUCACGCUGGCCGCAAGCAGAGCAGUAAAAUGGGUUUCCGGGAUCGGAUCAGGAUGAACAAUUCCCGAUCAUCCCAAACCAUUCGGAACAAGGCGUCACCGCUACCCCCGGGCUCCAGUGUCCGCCAUUCUCCCAGCCAGGAGAACGUCCCAGAGGCCACCAGCCCAGGGAAGGUCCAGAAGAGCUGGAGCUUUAAUGACCGCACACGUUUUCGCACCUCCCUUCGCCUCAAACCACGUCCACCUGCUGAUGUGGAGGGGGUCGGGGAGGACAGCGUGGAAGACAAACCAUAUUGUGACGUGGCCAUGGAAGAGGUAAUCCCAGCAGUGAAGACACUCAUACGGGCUGUCAGGAUCUUAAAGUUCCUUGUGGCCAAGAGGAAGUUUAAGGAGACGCUGCGUCCGUACGAUGUGAAGGACGUCAUAGAGCAGUACUCUGCUGGACACCUGGAUAUGCUGGGCCGUAUCAAGAGCCUGCAGAUGCGGGUGGACCAGAUAAUUGGGCGAGGAGCCGUCCAGACUGAUAAGAAGGCACGCCCUGAAAAGGGAGAGAAGACACCGCCAGAACUGGACCCACUGGAUGAGCUAAGCAUGAUGGGUCGUGUAGUCAAGGUGGAGAAACAGGUACAGUCUAUAGAGAACAAGCUGGACCUUCUGCUCAACUUCUACUCCCAGUGCCUAAAGAAAGGCUCAUCCCACUUCACCCUGUCCUCCCUCUUGGACCCGGACCUGACAUCUGACUACCACAGCCCCACGGACCAAAGAGACCUCUUCCCCUCCGCCAACACGCUCAACAUCUCCCAGUCUGAGAGCGGCAACUUGGAAUGACAGUGAGCUGAGCAGUCUUGGAGCUGUUCGAACACAGACACAAACCCUUUACAGUACAUCUUCCUACGGCUGAGUCCUCACUUGGAGCUGCCCAAUCUUAAUGUCUCUCUCUUCACUUAAUUUCAUAUCUGUCUGGGAUGAUUUUUACCCCUCCAUCUCAAAUCUGUACCCUCGCCUCUUUUUUUUUCCUGAAGUGAAUGUGUUUCCAGAGCUGAUACAGACAGAGGCCACAAGAUGGCUCCACCUGACACGGAGCCUCAGCCAAAGCUGCUCACCGCACACGCCUCUCAACCCACUAGAUGAAGAUGGAGAUGAAGAGAGGACACAAGAACAACUAUGACUUGAAUACUGAAACACUUUCACCCACUCUCCUCAUGCUAUAUAUCUAUGCCUAUUUUAAAGCUCCAACUGUAGAUAAUCAAAGACUUUAAGCUUUGCAUUUUUCUAAAUCUUUGGAGAAAUCUUGUCUUUUUUCCUCAUCAUUUCUUUUCUUUUUUUUUUAUGGCUGCUUGAAUCAACUGAUGGUACACCUUCCCACCCAAACAAGGGAGUUCUUAAUUUGCGAAUCCUGCUUUAAUUGCCCAAACGUGUCACAUGAAAACAGAGCUGGAACAAUGUGUUGGAGUGGCUGAUGUGUACUGUACAUUGUUAUUUGUUUUCAUCUCCAUUCCCUCGUCUCCACAACAAGCCCACUUGCAAAAAAAACAAAACCCAAGAUAUUAUGCUCUGUUUGCCUGGCAUUCAAGUGUGGAGUGUUCCUACGUAUUUAGUAUCUAAUAGAGCCAGCGUGUCCUUUCACAGGUCCAAAAUCCCUUCUUUGCAAAGGCUACUGUAGCUUUUUGAGUAUUUCAGUAACCUAACUUUGUGUUUUUAACAUGCCCUUUAAACUUCUCUGUCUUGCAGCCCACCUGUCCAGACAUGCAUGUUCCUUAGACCAGUCCUGUAGAUAAAACCUCACUGAUCCUCAGUCAGAAUUUAGACAUUUAUGUCACAUUUUCUGCACUGCUCCUCAUCCACUCACAGGUCAGGUUUACCAAGUCAGCAGGUUCCGGCAGUCAAUAAUACUUCACAAUCUUUCUUACAGGAGGAUAGUUCUAUCUCUUACAGUCAUCAAAUGCUAUGUGCUCUUGCAGUCAGCAGCUGUGGAGACGAUGUAGAGACUUUUUGGCCAGUUUUAAACAAUCUGUAAGGCGUCCAGGUCUAACGCAUGAAUUCCAGGCCAUUAUCCUCAUGAAUGCACGUGUCUUAGGAAAUGGUUCCAGCCUUACAGCUUCACUACAAACAGACAGUGCUCAGGGUUGGGUUCCAGUCACCACCCAUAGGUGUUAGUGACACUUUACUCUCUGCUGUCUUUUCUGGUUCUUUCUUGGAGAUGUUUGAUGUACAGUAAAUGCUCUGUGCUUGGGGACAAAACUGGAGAGUGCGCAAAUGCACACACAUGCAACACACACACAUAUACACAAUGAAAGCAAUUCCUUUACUUAAAUUCUUUGGCACUUGAUAAAUAUAACACGUUUUUUUCUUGUACAAUUUUAUCUUUUUGUUUUGAUUUCUUUACUGUACUUAUGUUCAUGCACUUGAUUUUGUGUAACCUAUAAUGGCAACUUUCUAUGUUUAAAAAAAAUGAUUUUGGUUAUUAAAGUGAAUGUAGGAUUUAAGUUAAUAUAUUUAAUUCAGUUAGAUAUGAUCUUUAAAUAAAUGUAGCAUUUCUGUCAAGUUGAAUCAUGGAUGACACAACUGUAACUACACACAGCUGAUCAGGUUCACACUCACAACUUGCAGAGCUCACAUGUAUAUUUUUUUAAUGUCAUCAGAUAAUUGCUGCCAGCUCCAACUAAAAAAACAUUCACCAUACUGUAUUUGGCCAGUGAAAACAGUUCUUCUGUCCCUGCAAGUGAUUCAUAUAUUUGGUUCAGUCAAGCCAGUUGACUCAGGUGCUCCACUUUUCCAUUCAAGCCAAGCACAGACUUCAAAUAGUGAAUGUACUUCAUUGCUCUGUCUAUUUUGAUCUAUUUAUGAUCUGAUGCUCUUGCUGCCGUGAGCAAUAAAAUGGCACUACAGAGCUUGCUUUUGGCAUCAUACAAUUUUUGCAUUCAUUUCAUAGAGAAAAGCCAGGUAGCUUUAUUCUUUGGCCUAAAUCAUAGCAGAGAUGCCUAUUUAUUAGAGGCAUUAUUAGACUAAACAGUGCUGUGUCACUUCAUUGUCACCUGAAAUGUUGAGCUUCAUGAAAAUGUAUUAUGUGAGACCACUGUAUUGCAUGUUGUUGUUAGUGGUGGCCCCAGUGUUAGAAGAAAAAAAAAAACUUAAGGAUGUCUCCUGUAAAGUCUUGAGACAAGACAUGAAAGGAAAUGACCUGUGCCUUCUAUGUCCUCGUUCUGUAACUGAUAUGGUGCGGCCUUCUGUCUCAAACUUAAAUAUUAAUGUUGCUCUGAAGAGAACAGUGUUUCAUAGGGGUCUCACAUGAGGAUAGCCAUGUUUUCUUUUUCUUUUUUUUGCCAAACCUUGAUCUAACUAAAGCAACACCAUCAAAAUUGUUGUGAACAUGUAAUUUUAGGGUGCUGCAAACCUUUGAUAUUUUCUAAGAAUAUUACUGUAUGUUUAAUAUAUUCACUGUAACUCUACCAGGACCUCUUCGCAUCGACACCCUUACUGUAUUUUAGCACCAGUCAGAUCUGGAGGCAUGGACAUUUGUACUGUCACAGAAACUCUGCAGGCAUGUGUCCUUUCAUAAGCAUGUCACAUAGAGGAAUAUGGCUUCCACACAACUACCUCUGAGGCCACUAGGGGGCGCUAGUCUAGAAAAUCAAGUAUGAGAAACUGUAACUGAUUGUGUAACUGACUGAAUGCUAUGCAUGACUCAAUCUGCACGUUCCCUUUUCUCUUUUUCACUCUGUUCUUCUUCAUAAUGCACUACCAUCCAUCCAUUCACUGACUUGCUGCCAUUUUACAUUCCAGCUCGUUGCCCUUUAACUGCUCUCUUAGGUAUUGGAACUGUUGUUAAAAUGAAACACAAACUGAUCAAAGCAAUAAGCAAAAUGCUAAGCCAACAAAGUCUUCCAAUUCCAAUUGAUGUAGCUACUGGUUGAUGAAACAUGGCGCUUAUUUUAUUUUCUAAUCUAAUGCACACCUCUAUUUGAUUUUUAAAGUGAUACGAAAUGUGUAUCUGCUGAAAAUAAAAUUAGCUCACUUGACUAACUUAUUAAUUUAUUUGUUUCAAUAAAGCUCUUUGGACUGUA